AUGGCUGACGUGUCCGGGAAUCCAUCGGGCCCUCCUCCGCUGUCCACGAUUUUCUCUGGACAGCGCGCCGGACCGCCUUCCCCCCAUGGAGGUUGCAUGCGAGACGAAGUCGAGAAGGAGGUCUUCUCUCCGACAGCCGCCUCUCAUCUCUCGCCGUCGCGACCUCUCGGGUUCUCUUCUCUAAAUGUCGCCGCCAAUUCAACUCCCGAUGCGACCCGUGCGGCGGCCGAGCUGGGUGUGCCUCCCUUUCAGUCGCGACCGCCAGUGAUUCCUCAGCUUCGGCUCGGGCUCCAGUCCCCCAAACCCCCAGAACAGCUGGCGGAACGGUCCGCUUUCUCUCCCCACGGCCCCGAGAGCCCUCGGGUGUCUCCGUCGUUAUCUGCGUCUCGCUUGGUGAAUCCAGGGUCCGGCAGCCUCGCGGCGUCGCCCCACCACGCGCCUCAGUUGGAACGCGUCUCUGAAGGCGGAUCUGCGCGACGAGGCGACUCUUCGUCGACUCUCUCUUCGAGGCGGCUGCCUCUCUCGCCCUCCAAGAGAAGGUAUGAAGACACCUUCUGCCCCUCUCCCUCGUCGGUGCGCGCGUUGCCGGGGCCGCGAGUUUGGUGGGCGCUCCCGGUGUUGGGCUCGACGGAGGUUGCGCCUCAGAGUCCCGCGGGAAGCUUCUCGGCUCUGAGGCGGCCAGAAGAUUCGCCUGGAUUUCUGCCUUCGUGCGCACACGGCGAGGCAGACGGGGAGUGCAGGUGUCUGUACGCUGCAGUGACGCAGGCGUUCCACGACCAGAUGCGAACGUCCGCGGCUUCGCAGCCGCUCCUCGCUGCGAUCGAGCAGUUUGCCGACAGUUCACUUCUCUGCCGUCUCGAGCCCAUCGCGGCGGGGUCCGGCUUCCCGCGCAGUCCAGCGGUGCUCUCGGACGUUCGCCGCCAGCAUGCCCUCGUUCUCUUCAACCCGCCUUCUGCGUGGUCUCCGCCGGAAGCGUUCUCAAUUCAGAAUCUCGUUCAAGUGUGCGCCGCUGUGGACUCGAAGCAAUCUGAGGCGGAACUCGUGGACAGUUUGCAAAGGCAACUCGCUGCGCAACAACAGCGGUUCGACGCGAUCCUCGAGAGCGACUUGACCCAGGGCGAGUUGAAACGCGAACUGUGGCGCAUGCAGCUGCUCCAGAUGCAGGACCAAGGCAGGCUCAAGAAACAGACGUCGAAACUCGCUGAGGCGCUCGAAGCCUGCACGGCGUUGUCUCUGCUCACUGGAGGGCUUGCGCCGUCUGCCGCGACGAGUCGACUGCCGGACGGCCCGCCCACGCCGCCUGCGGCCUUGUCCUCGCCGGGGCUUCCGCAGCGUCCCCACUCUCCCCGCCAGGUGUCGCAACUCGUCGCUCGCCUCCUCUGUCUCCUGCAAGAGGCGGUCGCUCUGGGGGAGACCACCGCUGCGCCGACUGCGGGCCCUGGACCCUCUGGGACGCGAGGGACGGACCGCCCUGAGGGGUUUCCGCGGCGGGAGGCGCGCGACGUGGGCGGAGGGAGACCGGAAGCUGCUAGCAGCGUCCCUUCUAGCCGAGCGGGCCGCGACGCGUCUUGUGCGGGACUGUCUCCGUGUGGGGUGGCGGCGCGGGACGCGCGCGGCGAAGGCGCCUCAGCUCGGUCGUUCUGUGGAUCGAGCGCGGGCCGAGGCGAGAAGGAAGAUGCUAGCCUGCACGAGCGCAUGCAGAGUCAGCAGCCCAGAGCGUGCGUCCCGCCUCUCUUUGGCGUGGGCGACGUCAGAAACAGGAAUCGCGGCGACGGCGUUCCGGCGUUCUUUCCGGGUAGCCCCGUGGGUGGCCGAGGACCCGAGAGUGGAGAUGCGAGUCGCAGAAGCCUCAGCAGCUUCAGCAGCAGCAGCUACUGCAGCAGCCAGAGCAACAUCACGACCUACAGAGGGAACCUGAGUGGCGACGAGGGCUCGUGUCCGCCUUCUGGGCGGCGAGCGGGGAGCGGGGCCUCUGGACUGGGCAACCCCGCGUUCGUCUCCACUUGGAAGGGCCGUCCAGCCUUUGUCCCGCGUCUUAAUCUCACCGGAGACGACUCAGAAGAGGAAGAGCCGGAGCGGGGACCUACAGAGGCAGGAGAAGCCGGCGGGGCGCCGGACCCGAAACCCGUGGGAGGGACAGAGAACGGCAGACUUGACGCGCAAGGCCUCGCGUUGCCCCAGAGGCAGAGCGACGAAGAGGACGGGAAAUCCGGCAGCGACAUGAAGGAAGACUUUUCUGAACUGCGAGACGAGGAGGCUUCGCAGCCGCCGCUAGGCGAGAGACGGCUCGACAGUGAUGCGUAUCACCAGGCGAGUCAGCGGGGCAGCGUGUGUGCUUCGGGUCUAUCGUCCGGCGAAGAGAGCCAAAGUUCGCGUGUUUGGGUCCUUGGCGAGAAAGACGGACCUGAGAGGCAGGCCUCCGCCCUCACUUUGUCCUCGGCAUGCUCUUGCAGUUCGCCCUCUCUCUGUCCAGAGACGGGGGGGGGCCAGGCCCUGUCUCCAGGGAGGUUCGGAGCCGGGAGAGACGCAAAUCCGGCGCAGCCCACAGACAGUCGGCGAGUGCCAGGGGAACAGGCCAAAAGCCGGGAGACGCUUGGAGCGGUUUGGAGUCUCCAGCAGCUCCUCCAGCAGAGACAGUCUCAAGGGAGUCUCCACAGCGGAUCUUCCAGCUUUCGGAUGGCCCUCGGCUCGCCUCUGGACGCCCCACAGAUCGCGGCCGUGGCGGCAGACUCGGGGGCUCCUGCAGUGGACGCGUCGGUCCUCGCGGCGGGCGCCGAGGCCAAGGAGAGACACAGAGAACAGAGCGGGGCGAGCUUGGUGUUGACGCCUUCGAGUGCGGGCUCCAGUGAUGCUCGACACGGUCCCACACGGGGCUACAGCGCCGGAAGCAGCAGCGUCUUCAGUUCGUUCACGGAAGACGUCUCGCGAAUCAGUUCGGAGAUGUCCGCCAGCAUUGCCUACGACGCCGCACAGACCGUCUUCAGUCGAGCGAACAGCGUUCUCAGCCCCUCUUCGGGUGCAUUCGCUGCGGCGGUCGGCUGCGCUCCUGCCUCUUCUUCGCGUCAGGCCCUGGCGAAUCGCGACGACGGAGAAGCCAUGGACUGGCAAGAAGAGACGCGUGAGGAAGGUGCCCACGCGAGGGAAGUCUCGAGACAGCCCCCGGUUCCGCGCCUGAAGCUCGGCGGCUCAGGAGACCCGGGGAUUCCGCCGCAGGCGAACGCAUGCGGACGCGAAGCUGGCGCGACGGCGAGUGCAGAGGGGGUGCCCGAGACGCCGAGCCGAGAUUCAGGGAAAGAGUGCAGGAGGCCACCGCCUCUUUCUUGUCUGGAGGGAAAACUGGCUGCUGACGAGACGGUUGGACAGCUGCGCUGGAGAGACGGCAGAGACUCGCCCGUCGAGGCUCCAGGCCGCGCAAGCGGAUUUGGAGCCUCGCAGCCGAACGCGGAGGCGGGGGCCUUGGCUGCGAGUUGCCUUGAGACGAAUGGAGGCGACGAAAACGCCAAGGCGUGUUUGAGCUCUCCACCGACGUUGCCUGCGAGUGCCACCGGUACAGAGCGGAAAGAGUCCUUCACUGAAGCUCCGGCUGAGACGCGUGAGACAGAGCGAGGCGCAGGGCGCGCAUGCAGCGGCCGUGCUCUGAGACCCAGUUCCCCUGCGGUCUCCGUCUCGUCGUGCUCCUCGCCCUCAGUCGCAGAGCUGAGGCGGGCCUUCGAAAGCGGGCAGAUGUGGGGAGGCGGAUCCGCAACCUCUUCCCCUGUGAGGACCCCCUCCAUGCCGGCGGCUUCGGGGCCCCGGCGAGGCUCCACAGGCUCCUGGCGUUUUCGCCGCACAGGCUCCAGUCCCCAAGGCGGCAUCUGUGCUUCGCCUGUUCCCCUUCUGUCUCUCCCCUCGGUCGCGGGCGAUCCCGGUACCGCUGCAGCUAGUCCAGCUUCCGGCCCUAGACCCCACGAUUCGAGAGCGAAGGGUGCGGGCCCAACUAGCGAAGCGAAGGCGACUCGCGCCCCGUGCCCUCCGUACCCCGCUGCGGACAGCGCCUCGGCUCCAGGACGGGGCUCGGAGACACACCGGGGAUUCGACUCGUCUGGGACAGAAAGCAAACGCCCGGCGGGUGAGCCACAUUUGGUGGGCGGAGGCGAGAAGAGAGGAGACACGGGAAAGAGCACGUCGAGGCGAGAAGAAAGGGGGGCGAGAGAAGGGCCGCCUUCUGCAGGUGGUGCCGUAAAGGACGGUCGCGUCCCAGCUUUCUCCCGCGGUUCUCUCUUUCCUUCUCACUCCGAGGCAAGCUGUACAGAUGCGCGCAGUCGAGGGCCAAACGAGCCGGCGGGAGCUCGAGACGGCGAAGAGACGCAGAAAGUCGCUGCAGCCACUUCGCCGAACGAACCGUGCGGAGACCGGCAAGGGGAGAUUCGUAGAUCUGACUGCCUUGAAGGCCUCGAGCGGGAGGGUUCCCAGAGCAGCCACUACGCGCUCCAGAACGGCGACCAGCAGCAGGAGAACGAACUGGAGACGGAAGCCAAGGCGACAGAUCGGUCUCGACACUCGGUCUCCUCGCCGGGGUCGACGGGGCCGCGGCUGUCCUCUUCGCACAGCUCGGGGUCUCCGCCCUCCAGUCCUCUGCGUUCUUUACAAUGUCAACAGCCCCCCCUGGGCGUCGCAGAGAAGGAUGCGCGAACUGAACUCCCUGCAGGCACGAACCCGCGUGGCGCGGGAGGUGAGGGCCUCGAAGGUUCCGUGCCUUCCGGUUCCCCCCCUCUGCCGAGUGAAGAGAAAAGAAACAAGUCCCAGAGCGAGGCAGGACGCGACUCCGCAUGGAAUGAGGGAUCAGAGCCAAGCCCAGAGAAGCCAAAUGGUGCAGGCGAGGCGCGAGAGACGACAUCCAUUGCCUUUCCAGCGUGCGUGGCGAUGACCUACGACGGUUCGAACGCCUCGCUCUCUGGCUGUCCAACUGCGGGCGGGUUUAUCGACGCUCAACAGCGGAGCGAGGAGCUGCGUUCCCUCGGCGUCGAUCCGGCGCUCGUCUUUCCACACCAACCAGGCAAGAGGCUCUUUUCCGAGGUGGAAGAUAAGAACGUCUCGAGACUGGUGACCGGCGACUUCGCCGCCGCUGAAGACGGGUACGAGGUGAUGGACUUGGGAGAGACCGGAGAAAGCGCGCAGGAAGGAGACCUUGACCACGAAGUGGAGAAGCCAGAGUUGCAUUUUUGGGGUGUCGAGACACCUGACGGCUGCGAGAAGGUCGCCUACGGCUGGUCUGCUCCGGUGCCGCAUCAGUCACCCCUGAGUCGUCCCCUGCUUCCAGGAAAGACCGGCACAGCUAGCCAGCAGCACUGGGCCGACCGCGCCGCAGUGUGGUCGCGCGGAACCGAAGACAUGCGACCGCAAGAGACCGUGCGAGGAGACGAGGAGCGGCUAGGCGGUUGGGGAGCGCCGGGUGCCGCAGGAAAGCCAGAGGCAGCGGGCGCGGGCUCUUCGUCUCAAAGCCUUUUCGGAGAAGGCAGGCCGUUGGAAGAACCGCUGAGGGCGGCGUCGUUCGUGGUCAAGACGGAUGUACGCUCGCCUUUCCCACCCGCGCCGGAAGCGCAUGCAGGAGCGCCGUUGCUAGAAAGCUCAGGAGGCAGCGGGGCCGCAGGUGACUUGAGUUUUACCGGAGGCUUCGAUGCAUGCGACGGCGCCGAAGCGGCGACUCAAGAGGCAGCCAGGAGCGCGCAUGCGCGCACCGCUGGGAGCAGAGAGGCGGGAGAAGAGCCAGGUGCCCUGGCAGGCCUUCUCGCCACAACGGCGCCUGAAGCCGCGUCGGACGCGCCGGGAUUCGAGCGCCCCUCGAGUUUCGGUUCCACGUGUGCUUUGACUUACAGGGCGCCGCCAGAAGCCGGCGCGUUAGGGGUAACUGAGGGCGCGACAGCCAGAGAAGACGCGAGGGCUCGGGGAAGUUUAGGUUCCGGAGCGUCUGUGCCCAUGGAGCGACUGGUUCACGGCGUUUCGCUUCACUUGUGUCGCGACGGCGAUGGGAUCCGCCAUAGAAGUCCUCCAGAGAGCGGGUAUUCCCCCUUUCCGGAGGUUCUAAACGGCAGAACAGGGGUGCACGACGCUGGACAAGGCGCCCGCGAAGCCGCGGAGCACCGGAGAGCGGCUUCGUUGGAAACGCAGGCCCCCACUUGGGAUGGGUCCGCCGUUUCAGGGCAUGCCCCGGCAGUCUCGAACCCGGGAUGGAGACUCGCGACUGGCGGCGAGGGGCGACGGGUGGAGCAACAAAGGGUGGCGGAGAGACCGCGAACUGGGACAGGGUCGGCGACCGCGUGGAAACCAGAGCAGGCUACGCCCGUGCGGGGCACUUCAACGCAUGCUACACCGGGGCCCCGGUGCGUUUCCUCUUCAGCUUUGCUGUCGGCGCUCCUCAAUCCCCCCUUCGAUCCCAUUCCGGCGGAUCUGCAUUUGCUCCUGGCGAGUGCGAGCAGCGAAUCGGGAAGUCUAAACGCGGAGAGCGAGUUGAGCAGUUUGUCCGCGUCCGAGUCGUCGACUCUCUCCCUUCCGCUUCAAGAACGGUCGACUGGAGCGGCACACGCCGGGGUUCCUCUGAGUCCUCCGAAUCUUCCGUUGGACGUAAAGCGAGAGACAUUCCCUACGAAAGAGGCGACACUCGCCAACCUGCUUCCGCUCUCCCGGUGCGAGAGGGGACAGGAGAGAUCCGUGUCCGCUACGGCGCCGCUUCCCGCGGAGGAUUUCCCGGGCGCCCACCAGGCGGACGCGUUCCAGCGUCAGCAAGGCGCUUUCGCGAGCCUCGAACGCCAGGCGGAGCCGUAUCGAGGGGCGACUGUCUCUCCACAAACUCAGAUCUCCGGGCUCUCAGUCCCCUGGUCCUCUUCUCCGGGAACCGCCACGGGGGAAAACCCCAGAUCCGGCCCCCGCCAGUUCAUGGACCACGCCCGCCUGCCGCGCCCCGCUCAAGUUGUUCCUGUGGUGCCUGGUCAGCCGGCUGACGGGGACCGACCGGUGCCGAGUGGACUCGGUCUCGACGCCCCGCCCGGCCUCCAAGGCGCUUCCCAAGGCGUCGAGCAGCUGGUGUAUGGCACCGGUUCCGAAACAGGGAGAGGUCUUUUUGCGCCGGUGUCGCUUCUCGCCCAAGCUGCAAAUCCUCUCCACUUUCCACAGGCAACUCAGAGGCCGAGUGUGCCGCAAACAGGCUUCUCCGAGCUCACCGGCUUUCGACAGACGUCUUGCGCCGCACUGGGAGGCGCGGGAGGAGUCCUCAGAGGAGGUCCACAGACAGCUGGACGCGUGGAGACGCUUUCUCAUUUGGGACUGCGUGGCGCGCCAGACUUUCCAGGAGGCGUUCGGGGCGAGAGCGCCGGCGGCCGAGGGACGGGCUCUCGCGCGUGUCAGGGACUGCCAGCCCCCCUGCGAAGAGCCCCCGCCGGAUUUCCCCAGCCCUUUCCUUUCCGGACAAUGUCACAGCAGCAAGUGCAAGAGAAUCUGCAGCGACAGAUUCUCUUGACCGCAUCUCGCGGAGAACUCAUCGGGGCCCCAAGAGGCAAUGCGCAUCUGUCCCCGGUCGCUGGGAACCCGGCGGGGACAGAGAGGACGGAGACGGAACGACGAGCCGGCGCGGCGCCAGGACGCACUCUCGAGUUCCGGGAUCCGGGCCAACAGGCCCAGACAGGGUUGACGCACGCGGCUGCGGGCGGCAGGGGGGACUCAGGAGGCGCGUGGCGCAACCUUGUUCUGCCUCAGGAGCCACAGAGCCUCGCUCGCGCGCAACUCCUGCAGCAGCAGCUCCUCCUCCAGAGACCGAUGGAGCGGACACAGGUGUCUCGUCUCGCGGGCCAAGUGACCCCCGGGGACCACCGGGGGGACGUGAACAGACAGGGAACGGGCACGGGAGGCGAAGGCGGCCGCGCAACGGCGGCUCGACAGCCCGGACAGGGGGCGUGUUAG